CAAAGGGUCUAAAGGCGAGAAGGAAACUAAGAGGAGAGAGGAAAUCGCCAGAUGUCGUUGCUGCGGAGGUGCGAAUUUGACUCGCAACGAUUCGUACCUCGGAUGCGGUAAGGAGGGGGACGGGGGCGAAAGAGAGUUCGACAGAGGAGGUAUCGGGAGCGAAUAAGACGCAGCCUUGCCGCCUCCUCGACGAAAGAUAAUCUCGCAGGGGGAGGAGAGGACGGCCGUAAGGAUGUGGCGGAGAAGAUGAGCGCCGACGUGACCAAGGAGGUCGCCUCCGAGAGGGUCAGCCCUCCGGCAGCCGCGACCUCGCCGAAUUCCGGUCCCGGCGAGCCGGCCUCCCGCCACCUUCCGCCCUUCAGCAGCUUCGCCGACGGCGCCAUGGACAGCUCGACGACCCUGACGACCCUCCACCCCCAGGACGUGGGUCUCGGCCUCACCUCAUCUUGGGACUACUACGAGGGUCUUACCGGUCGGCUGAUCGACUCCCGCGGCGAAGUCGUCCUCGCCAGUCAGUACCGACCCUGGGAGUCGAAGAACGCGGCGGGGGGCGAAGGCCUCCCGAGUUUCGCGAGUCAGUUCACCGCCCCCAGCGAAGCGGAGCCUCAGCUCACCGCCCUGACACCCCUCUCACCGGCCUCCGUAUCCCACUCGCCCCCCGUCACGGCCGUCGGUCUUCCCAGCUUUCACACCCUCGGCAGUCCCCUGCCCACCCCUCACCCCCACCCCCACCCCCACCGCGGGCCCGUCGGCUACCCCCUUGUUCCGGCCCCCGUUCAGGCCCGCGAGGUUCCGGCGCUCCAGCAGCAGCUACUCGACGAGAGGCACAUCCAGCUGCUCGGCUCGAACCCGGUGCAGGCCUUUCCGCCGCCACCCGGGCACCCCCAUCACGCUGUUUUGACCGUCGUUAAGCCGGAGUAUCCGCAGCUACAUCACACCAACUUUCAGAACCCGAUGUCGACGGUGCUCGACACGCCGACGUCGCGAGUCAAUAUCGACGGCAGGAAGAAGGAGAGGAGAAAAAUUCGAGCCGGUUCCAUGGAGUCCGAGGACGGGGCCAACGUCGAGAGCUCAGGGCAGGUGGCUGCUGUCUCUUCCACCGCCAAUCGCGGACAGCAUCACAUCGGCGGUGGAAUCGGGGACGGAGACAGCGAGGGUGGACUCGGCGACAAACCCGCUAAGAAGAAGCGGAAACGGUGCGGCGAGUGCAUCGGCUGCCAGAGGAAGGACAACUGCGGGGACUGCGCACCCUGUCGCAACGACAAGAGCCAUCAGAUAUGCAAGAUGAGGCGGUGCGAGAAACUCACCGAGAAGAAGCACCUCUAUCACUUGCAAACAGGGGAUGGAGCAUUCAGGGAAAGAGGCCGAGGAAGAGGGAAAGGAACACCUAGGAGUUACCGAAAGAUCGCGCGCCAGGUCAGCACGCCAGAUACCCCGACGGUUGGACUCGGCAGUCCUCAGGCAGGUAUUGGCGGCUUGCAACAGCAACAACACCCACAGCAACAGGGACUCCACGUCGACGCCAUGCAGCAGGCCAAGGACAGUUUGUCACCUGCGGUUGUUCAGCAGCCCGGAGCUCUUCGCAACGGGAAUCCAGCGCCACCAGUUGUGUCAAUGUCGUCUGGGGUGAUGCCCGGAUUCUACGGAGACACUGGCGCGGGAUUUCGACCUGCAGCUGGAUUCGGAAACACGGUAUGGCACCAAGGAGUUGGUCCAGUUGGUGCAGUGACGGUGGAGGCUGCGCCAGCCGCCUGGCCUCCUCAGCAAUUCAUCCAACAAAUACCAGGACCCAACCAACUCGAAGAACUGAGAUAUCAUACUCAAUACAGCGCUGCAACUCCGUACCAUCCACAACCUGAUCUUUAUUUGGUUUCAGUUGCCUAUCAGCAACAGGCAUUCAUCACCGCUGAUCAGUCGGCGUUUCAACGGGCAGGCACAACCGGACAAUACGCUAUUAGCGGUCAACCGUCGCCUCUAGCACCAGUAGUGGCCCAAUCGGCAGCCACUACUGUUCAAAGACCUCUAAACGGUCAGUUUAUGGACCCAGCGUCAACGCCGGGUCAACCAGUCGGUUACGAAAGACAGGAAUACGUUAAUGGAUACCAACAGCAGGACGUGACAAUGGCACCACCGCCGUCGACAACUCCAACAAGUCGUAGUAGCUCGGUUCACAUGGAUACCCAACCGAAUCAGCAAAGUCAGCAGUUACAGCAGCAGCAACAGCAGCCAUCGUCGGACACGCAAGUAAAAGGGUUUGCCGCGAUCGCCGCCGGCAGCGUGUCGGGAAACGAGAUGCCUGGGUAUCCACUUCAACAGGGCCCGCAGAGUUUACACAGCUCUAACGGAUAUCCAGGCUACGUAGAAAUGGGUCAACAACAAGCGCAAAAUCAAUGGCAGACUCAGGUCACGCAGCAGCAGCAGCAGCAGCAACAACAACAACAACAACAACAACAGCAACAGCAGCAACAGCAACAACAACAACAGCAGCAACAACAGCAGCAAAGUCAACAGCAAAUGCAACAGACUGUGUCGGACUCUAAUCAACGUCAUGUUUGGUCAGACACUAAUUCGAAUGCUAAAAUUGGUAACGUUAAUAGUAUGACGUGGUCUGACAGUAGCAUACAGCAACAGCAAAGCCAGCAACAGCAACAACAGUUACAAACGCAACAACAAGAGCUUCAGAACCAACAACAAAGACUGCAAAACAGUUUGAAACAGCAGAGUGAGCAACAAGCUCUACAAAAUCAACGACAACAGCAGCAAAUACAAAAUCAGCAACAGCAACAACAGAGUCUACAAAAUCAGCAGGAGCUUCCAAGGCCAGCAAGUCAUAUGAGCUGGGAAAAUAGCAGUAUUAAGGAGCCGCAGACUCCGCAAUCUUGGUCGGAAAGUACCGAUAAUCAGCAACAGCAACAGGUGCAGGGGAGUUGGCCUCAACAAAGUCCUAAACAUCGAGACAGCAAAAAUCCAAGAUUGACUCCGUCCGCUCAGCAGCAAAGUCAGCAGGGUUGGCCCCAGCACUCUCCAAAGGUGUCUGAUCAUCAAACUCAACAGCAAAAUUCCCGAAUCACACCUGCUGCUCAACAUACCUGGCAGCAAAGUAGUCCUGAGAAUCAGAAUCAGCAGCCUGGUCAACAGAAUCCAAGAUUAACGCCGUCUGGGCAGCAGAUUCAACAGCAACAACAGCAGCAACAGCAACAACAACAACAGUGGCAACAAUCGAAAAUUGAACAAAAUCCAAGAUUGACUCCAUCCAAUCAGAUGUCGUGGCCGGAUACACCCACUAGUCAACCGAACUGGUCACCGAGUAGCUUGAAGAGCGAUGGUAGCCAGCAACCGCAACAACCAUGGCCAGAUUCUCAACCUAGUCCAAGGAGAACUCCCGGGCAUCAGACGGGUUCGUGGCAGAGUCAAGCGUCGCAAGAGAAUAAGAUGGAAACCCAAAUGAAUUGGUCACCAAAUUCAUCGGCAGAGAAUCAAGGGACUUGGGGACAACAAACGACGAAACAGGACAUUCAAAAUUCUGGAGAACGAAUUUUGUGGCAGCAGGGACCAGAAAGUAAUAAGCAAAAUGGUUUUCCGGAAAACCAGGAGCCACAAGAUAAUAUGUUUUCACAAUCUAAUAGAGUUAAUCUAAAUAGUCGAUUGAAAACUAUGAUUCUAAAUAAACAGCAACAACAGAUGCAGCAGCAGCAGCAGCAGCAGCAGCAGCAAAUGCAGCAGCAUCAGAUAAAUCAUCAAGAACAGCAACAGCAACAGCAACAGCAACAGCAUCAUCUGCAUCAUCAGAUCGGCCAACAUUCUAACGGAAGUAAUAAUCCUAAUACUGAUUUCCCAACGGAUGAUAGACUUAGAGAACCAAAUGAAAAUGCUGAAAAGUUACAGGAAAAACGAUCAGGAGAAUAUUUGAACCAAGCAGCCAUGAUGUCAAUGGCACAAACUAACGAAUCUAUGACCGGUAAUUUUUUAUUGCAUAGCCACCACCCUCGGGCCAAUAGUUUGCCCGACGGUGGUGGCUUAUGGGAGUGGACUGGAGGAGGAGGAAGUAAUGUGAGCAAUAGCACGUUGUUACCGGAAACGGGAAUAGCCGCUAUUGAAAAUUUCAUGAAAUACGCAAGCGUCGAUAAAGACGAGCCGGAAAAACCAAUACCAGUUGAGGAACGACAUCCAUCCUGGACCGAACCGAAGACUCCAAAGGUUCCAGAUGAUCAGAAUAUCGAUGAUAAGUCGUUUCAACAGCAACUGUGUAUUGCUCAAAAUACCGAUGCUAUAUUUCCAAAAGAAGAAAACCAAGACGAGACUUUUCAAAAACAAGAGGAUCCCAAGAACGAUAAAAAUGACAUUGAACCUGCUUUUGACAAAGAUUCGAGCGCUACUCAAGAAGAACAGACAUUUGGGGUGGAAAGUCUUGAAGCGUCACCAAACUUUAGGACAGAGAAUAUUGAUGACGAGGUCAAGUACAACUCGGAGCAAGUCAUUAAGCAGGAAGUUGUGCCGCAUAGUUGUUCGCCUUUAGAAAGCACAGUGGAGUGCUCAACGAUUGUAAAUGAAACAACACCAAGUCUUGAUGCGAUAGUAAAGACUGAGCCUGAUCAAAAAUCUGAAACGUCAGAAAUUAAUUACAAGUUCAGGGGCGACGGGGGACCAGCAAUGGUGUCAUCCGAAAUUGGCUCGUGGUGCUGUAGAAGAGGUGGUACUGAACAACCGACGCCAGAACAUUUGCGAGAAGGUUGUUGCCAAGGAUUGCAGACCCGCGAUGAAAUUUUGGCCGAGCCACCGCCAAAAGCAAACGGCGCACAGGAGGUGAAAAGCGAAGGUCCCAACAGUCCUAGAGCACCGUCAACACCUAAGUUACAGGACCAUUUGGAUAAGCUCAAGAAUAAUGUUAGGACCGAAGUGCCGGACUGCAACUGCUUUCCAGCUGACAAAUUUCAACCAAAAGGUCCACCCGAACCCGGUUCGUACUACACGCAUCUUGGCGCUGCAGCGAAUCUUUCCGAUCUUCGAAAUGACCUUGAAAGAAGAACUGGACUGAAGGGAAUCGCUUUAAGAUUUGAGAAAGUCAUCUAUACUGGGAAAGAGGGCAAAACAACACAAGGAUGUCCGAUGGCCAAAUGGAUAAUCCGCCGUUCUGGUCCUGACGAGAAGAUCCUGACUGUCGUAAAACAUCGCCAAGGACACAAGUGCGCAACGGCUUGGAUCGUUGUCGCUAUGGUUGCGUGGGAGGGUGUACCGACUCACGAGGCUGACAGGAUCUAUUCGCUCUUGAGCCACAAACUCAACCGUUUUGGUCUUCCUACAACCAGAAGGUGUGGAACUAACGAACCAAGGACUUGUGCCUGUCAGGGUCUGGACCCAGACACGUGCGGGGCCAGUUUCUCGUUCGGUUGUUCAUGGUCAAUGUACUACAACGGAUGCAAAUAUGCCAGAAGUAAAACCGUCCGAAAGUUUCGUCUCUCUGUGCGAACCGAGGAACAAGAGGUAGAGGAGCGAAUGCACGUUUUGGCAACUCUGUUGUCUCCUCUUUACUUAAGUCUUGCACCGGAAGCUUUCAACAAUCAAACACAAUUCGAACGCGAAGCAAGCGAAUGUCGACUGGGAUUUAAACCUGGACGACCAUUUUCCGGGGUUACAGCCUGCAUUGACUUUUGUGCACACUCGCACAGAGAUUUACACAACAUGAACAAUGGUUGCACUGUGGUCGUGAGUUUAACAAAGCAUCGAUUGCUGACUAAACCAGAUGAUGAACAGCUUCAUGUCCUUCCACUAUACGUCAUGGACGAAUCAGACGAGUAUGGCUCAAAAGAAGGUCAAGAGGAAAAAGUUCGAUCAGGAGCGAUCGAAGUCCUGAGCAAGUAUCCCUGUGAGGUAAGAGUUCGGUCAGUACCCCUUCAGCCUUGUAGGCGUCACGGUAAAAAGCGAAAAGAAGAUGAACCAGACGCAGCUAGUACCAAGAAGGACACGGGAAAAAAUUCUACUGAAAAAACAAUUGAACCGACGAGACCUACAGGACCUACUGGACACCAGGAGGCCCAUCGAACACCCGUCAGAGAUCCAUCGCUCUCCUUGGAAAUGGCAACGAUGCUCGAGGGGAUGGAUGCUCAGCUGCAAAGUUCUCAAGUGUCUUCGACAGUGUUAGAUAGUCCGGUUUCAAUGUACCAGGGUUGGGGCUACCAAGGAGAUCAACAAUGGGCGAGAAGCGGUUGGCUCGACCAACGGAAAAACAACUGGCUUAACCCGUGGGGCGAUUAUCCGUUCGGUGGACUAGAGCGAGAUGUUAAAGUCGAUCCGGAUAGCACAAGCUUAGAUGACACUAGACCGAGGAGCGCAUUUUCGCAGGAAGACAUGAGACCAGGGUCUAGGAAUUUUCCGAAUUCAACGGCAGAAUCGCCAAGAGGAAGCUAUUCCCUUUCGCCAAGAGGACAUCAUCCUGUUUCACCUAGAAGUUCAUACCCGAAUACUCCCAGUGAAGCUUCGUACUCCAUGUCCCCCAGAGGGUAUUCGUCAACACCUCAAGAGCAGAAGAUGGGAUCUCCAAGAAAUUCUGGUUAUCCUUGCAGCGCCACUCCAGGCGAGGGGAAUCAUAAUUUUGGCUCCCCGACCCUGAGGAAUUAUCAAAAUUCGACUUUGGAAAACAGGCAAACGACUGCAUCGCCGCGGGCUGGUUCGCACCACUCUUCACCGUAUCCUGAUAUGGUGCAAAGAAAUAUGUCACCUAGAGUAGGAUAUCAAGCGGCGCCUUUGUCAUCUCUUGACGGCCCGCAUGGCAGCCAGUCACCCAGCCUUACAUAUUCGAAAAAUUUGCAGCAGAAUUACAUGGAGGGGCAAUGUCAGUUGAAGUUAACAUCACCAAGGAUGCAAAGUAAUGUGCAUCAGCAAAGGUAUCAGAGUUGCAGCAUGGAAAAUCAGCAAGCAUCUAAGUUACCAUCACCGGAACAACAGAUCGAUCGUAACCAAGCGUUUGCAAAUAGAUUACAGCACAAUUUUGCCUCGCAACAAACGCCGCCGUCUUCCAGAACCAUGGGUUAUAGAAACCCCAACUUGAAUGCAGUCAACCCUCAGGAUUUAUUUUCGGGAACUUCUACCGGUAUGCCUUCACCCUGUAUAGACACGAGUGGUCACAAAUCCUCGUCGAAUUCGCGGAGCAGUUAUCCAGGUAUGCAGAAUUCUGAAUUCACGCCACAUAGUCCGUCGCUCAAUAUACCAUUAUCCGAAGGUCACCACCACCAGAAUGCCAUGGGGUCACCCUCAGAGUCAAAAAAAUCCUGCGCAAAGAGUGGAUCACAUAGACAAUCAGAUCUGAUACGAACAGCUGCUAGUCCCUUUGUUCCUGCAUCUCCAGAUCACAAUGCUUCCUGCGGUAAUAUCAGUAGUAAUAAUAAUUGGAACACUCUCAACAACUGGGGAUCAAAUACAAUUAAACCACCCGAGCACCAGACAUCGCAUCAUCAUAACGAAUCGCACAUCGAGCAGCAGAAGAACGCACAUUUGUGGCAAGAACGAGCGGUGCACAACGAAAAUCUGAAAACGCCGUCUUGGGAAACGCAGGUGCAGGAACCGUCACCGUUCCGCGUACCCAAAGGUAGACCACCUUCGAGAACAGCGCCAAGUCAAAAUUUGCAGGAGGCAAAUACUUUCCAGAACUCAUUUGCCAAGACAUUCCUGAAGCCGCAGGAACCAACCAAGAAUAAUCCAUACACCGAUAAUAGCAGUAACUACAAUAAUGUUCCAAAUAAUAGCAACGUCCCGAAUCACGAGAAGCAGCGAAGCGACUGGCCAGAAGAUAAAUUGCGAGAAGGUUUUCAUGACGCCAGACAAGAGGGGCCCAAUGCAAACUCGAGCUGCUUAGCUUGGGCCGAAGAAAUGAAGCAGAUUCAAGAUUUCCACGCUAUAUCCGGCCUUGGACAUCACCCUUUUUCUCAGUACGGCUACCCCACUUAUCCCGUAUUCGACAAGCCGUACCCCAACACCUGGGAUGGCUACAACUAUCACCAACCAUAUCAUCAGGCGCCAGAUUACCCCCAUCAGUUCUACCAACAGCCAAAGCGAGAGCCGUGCUUCCACUCCCCGCAAUAUCCUUAUCAAGGGAUGAACCCCUACCAAGGAAUGAAUCCGGGAUGGGCAAGGUGGGAGACGCCGCGAUGGGAUAUUUAUGGUCCUCCGUCUUAUUUCCCUGUGGUACCAGAACCGCCUCCGAAAGCUGAACCUCUCGGCGAGGUAACUGAUUUUUCGGACAACGACGAAUGCUUCAAAGACCCCCAGAUGGGUGGCGUUGCUAUCGCACUCGGACACGGAAGCGUUCUAUUCGAGUGUGCCAAGCAUGAAAUGCACGCGACAACAGCGCUCAAGAAACCGAAUAGAAUCAACCCGACUAGAAUCAGCCUAGUAUUUUAUCAACAUCGUAAUCUCAACAGACCGAGGCAUGGGUGGGAUGAAUGGGAAGAGAAAAUGCGACUGAGAAAACUUGGCGUAACUGCUACGACAACCCAGUCAACACCAACGACACCGACAAGUCCUAGCUCAGCGAGCAGUGAGAAACUUCCACCUUUACCUUAUAUUCCCAGUGUCCCAAGCUCUCAGUUCAUGAUGAGGUCACCGACGUACACUACCAUGACGUGGACGACGUUGUUUCCGAUGCAUCCGUGUAUGAUAACCGGUCCAUAUCAAGAGGGUGGAGCGAUCGGAUGAGUAAAUGAUCAAACGAAGUAGAGUUCAAGUAACUAUUAAUGGUUGUUUCAAAGCUUGGAUCAUGCAUUCGGAGGUGAAAACAAGUAACACGACAGACACGAAUACCGCUGAUGAUGUGUCAGAAUGAGAAUGAUACAGAGCAAGAGAAAGCUAUUACUGUGCAGUAACAACAAGGAUCAGAGGUAUUGUGUGAAAUUUUAUAAAAGAGUCUACAGGGUGUUUGAGAUACAAAAAUAUCUUUAUAAAGUUACAAACUUUUAGACAUGAUACUUUCAAAAAAAAAAAAAAAAAAAAAAAAAAAAAAAACCCCAUAUAUAGGCAUUCGGAAAUAGCACUGCCAUUUUUCUAUUUUACGUCUUUCACUCGAUAUACGAGCAGAGUCAUAGUCGUAGGGCAAUGUUAAAUUCCAGUCCUUUGUAUGCGUUGUAUACUUGAGAAUCUCACAUUAUUGUAUUACGUACACGACCCUUUGAGUAGCGGUAUAGUGUUUGAAAAAAAAUUUUUACUUUCUUUUAAACGUGCUACAAAUCCUUACGCAGACUCAAAUGUUGAAAGAGUAAACUCGAUAAAACUGUAUGAAGCAGCUGAAGAAUAAAUCACGCAGAUCACAAGCGUGAUACCUACUUGAGCCUAGCUCCUAACUUUCGUCGUGGUAAGAACUACGAAAUGAUUAUGCAGCGGACAUGUCGUAUUGUCCAAGUACCAUGUGCUAUCAUUCGAUUUACUUGUAAGACGAGUUGGGACCUUUUUGUUACCAGACAGAAGUUCCGUACAGCUCAAAAAAAAAACAUCGACAAUAAGAUCGUAAGACAAGAAUAAAACGCGGUUGAGAUUUGAACAUCUUAUAGCGUUUUACAUAGAUAGUUCUCAAGGGAUAUUAAAGAACAAUAAUGAAAAUAAUAUGACAAAGAGACGAGGUCUGAAGCUCAUACUGCAUUGGCUUAUAUGCUGUCAGUUGUACAUCUAUAAUAGUAAUAUACGUCGCAUAAUUAACAAUUCGUGUUAUUAGCACUAUAUUAUUUUUUAUUAUGAUUAUCAUUAUCAUGAUCAAUAUCAAUAAUAUUAUUAUUAUUAUUAUUAUUAUUACUAUUAUUAUUAUUAGCUAGUCUAUACCCAGGUCACAUGCUAUAUUGUAUUACGCAUUUUCGCAUGCAUGUACAUUAUUAUUAUUGUUGUUAUUAUAAUUAUUAUUAAUAUUUCUUAUCACCAUUAUCAUUGAAAAUUAUUCAAUAUCAAUCAAUCAAUCAUUACUAAUUAGGCUGACGAUAAUUUGUAUAGGUACUGCACAAUCACUUUUUUGAAAGAAACAAACAACAAAAACAAAACAACACAAGAAAAUGAUCUCAAGUUUAUUAAUUACGGUAAAUAUUUUAUUCAUUAGCGUUUGUACAUUGUGCUUGUUAUUUUGUAUUUAUUAGUACGCACUCAGCACUAAUCAUACAUAUAGUGAGUAUAUGAAUUAUGUUUAUAACAUAUGAAGUAUACAAAAAAUAUAUGAAAAUAAUUUAAAAACGAUGGAAAAAAGGGGGAAAAAGGGGGAAAAAAAUACUAACCGCUCGCUAAGAGGCGACUGAGUACAAAGCAUUUUUUCUAACAAUCAUGAGUGAUAUUAAGAAAAAAAAAAAUUAAUGAGAAACAAAAAUAACAAUAUCGUUGAAAGAAAAAAAGUAAAAAACGCAAAGGCACCUAUUAAAUCGUACUGCAUACUAUUGAGUAUUGUAUAACGAUUCUUGCUGCAAAUCUUGUUGCGGAAACGCAAGUGUUGACCAGUUUGGAACGUAUUUUAUCGUUUAUUGCUUCCAAAUAUUUAUAACGUACUAAAUGUUGCUUACUUUACGUAUCAUGCGUACAAGAAGUGUCGAAGGGAAAACAUUUUCGAGUCAGCCACACUCUUAAUAAAUGACUCAAAUCUACCUUGAAGAAGCUCAUAUUAUGACGAAAUUGAUCGUAUCUUAAAUUAUAUGAAAAAAAAAAUAAUAAUUACAUUUUUCUUAAAUUAAAUCUAAUUUAUAUAUUAUUUCAAUUUUGUAUAUACUCUAAUUUAAUAGGCCGCAUUUGAUUUCAGACCUGUAUUAUUGUAUGAAUUUUUUCCAGCAAGCAAAAUAUGUAUUUACCAUUGCUUAGCUAAAUUCCAACUAUUUAUUUAUUAUUUUAUUAUACACCUAUUGUUGUCACUUCUAGGCAAAUUUAGCAUGAUUUUAGAUGAUUUCUAUAUCGACUUUUUACAUCAAUUAUAUACUAUUGUACUAUCAUUAUAAUUAUCAAUUUUGAUUAUUCUGACUAUUAAUUAAUAAUAUUAUAUGAUAUAAGUACUGAUUGAGUAUAAAGUUAAGUUUUUUUUUCUUUUUUCUUUUAUCGAAUUCACUUCUCGACACGCGGUGUAUGCGAACCCGGAGAAUCGGAACCGCUCCCGAGUAUUAUAAGAAUCACUAAUAUAUUAUCAUUCAUUAUUAUCACAAUAAUAAUUAGUAAUACUAUGUAAUUUAAUUAUUUAUUGAUUAAGUUUGACAAAGUGUUAUUGUACUACUACGUUUAGCUGAUUAUAUGUAUACAUAUUGCAUAUUUUAUUACGAAACACUGAUGCUAGAGUGUGUAACAUGUAUUCCACUGUUGUUACUUUGGGCUUGGUGAUCUCGUCACUUUCAAGCAUUUGACUCUUGUGGAUGUGUAUGAACCAACGGAAAUUAUGUCUAUCAUUUUAUAGCGUCAGAGUUUCGUACAAUCUAUUUCAAAUUUUUCUGUAAGGUAAGUUGAUUAAUUUUUGCGGAAGAUAUGAGGACGGACAGAAAUAUUCACAAGAAAAUACUCGAAUUUUUCGUUUUGUUCGUUUUUUUUUUCCAAUUUAGUCAAUUAAUAUUACUAGUUCGAAAAACGAAAUAUAUGUUAUACGAUAAUAGAGACUAUUUUUUUCUCCAACUUUUACUCUCCGCGUUGAAUUUCGCAUCUCCAGCUUUUGGUUUCACGGGUAUUAUACGUGUAAAGUAUCACAGGGAGGCACAAAUACGAUUUACGAAUAAUUUCUUUUGUUUUUUAGUUUUUCGAACGGGCCGACAAGGCUUUAAAAUUAUAUCGAAUAUAUUGUGCCAUCGUGGUAUUACAUUCGUUUUCAAAGUUUCUUAUUAUUUGAAAUUUAAAUUGCUUUUGGAUCGUCGUGGCGUAAAAUUACUGAUACUUUUAAAAAAUUUUUUGGUCAGGUUUUUAUCGGCUUGUAGAUUUAACGUCAUACGUCGGUCUUGCGAUCAAACUUUCGAACUUUUUCGUGUGGUAUUGACGAUGAAACGCUACUAAUUGAACAAAUUUUCUAUCACAUCGAUUUUGGUUUACAAAUUCCACGUGCGUAUCAUGAAACGUUUUUAAACCAGUUUACAUGUAAAUAAAAUAAAGAAGAAGGAGCGUGCAUCCCAGCUCCAAAAUCGCAGAGAGUUAUUGAACAAUUUUUGUAAAGAAAGAAAGAAAACACACAAAAAUGAAAGAGAAAAAAAAUCGAGAAAUAAAUGCGACGAUGCCAAAAUAGAGUUAAAACUAAUAAUUAGAAAGUAAAUACUUGUAAUAAUAACAAUAUAAAGUAACACUAUCAAAGCUAAAGAUAUGUAAGAAUGAAAUCAUUUUUAAAGUAAUACUAUUAUUAAAAGUAAUAAAAAAAAAAAAAAAAAUAUGAUUGAAUAAAAUCGAACGAGAAAGCAAAGUUGAAAAAUGUAUUUUUCCUUCCAAUGCCAAAAAGAUGCCAUUUUGUUUUGUACGAAAAAAUUGACGAAAAAAUCACGAAAAAAAAAACUUUAAAAGAUCGGUAAUGAUAAAUAAUAUUAAUAAUUGAUAAAAGAUAUUGAAAACCCAUGUAGUUUUUAGCAAACGUAUGUAAGUGUAAGAGAAAAUUUGAUGUGUAUGUCUCGUGAAACAAACGUAAAACAUGUCCGCCUUAUAUGCAAAUAAAAUAAAUAAAUUAAAAAAAAAAGAAAAUGCAAA